UUUGCCCAUCUGUCUAAGGUUAAUCAUCUUUUAUCAGAAAGUAUAUUGACAAACAUUGUGUUUAAACUUUCUUUAGUCAUUCUAACAACCACUGCAACAACAACAACAACAACAACAACAACAGCAGCAGCAACAACAACAACGACCAUCUCUCCAACCACUAUCCUAACCACUUCCACUAACAAACUAAAGACCACUGAAAUUCCAGAAACAAUCCGUAAAAGAAGAACUACAACACGAAAACUACGUCCAAACACAGUUCGAAGCACGACAACUACACGAAGAACAUCCAAAACACAAGGUGUAAAAUCAACAAAGAAGCCAGACACCACGAUCAGCCAAGAACCUGACACUACUACUACAGAAAAUCCAGAUACCACUACUACUAAAGAACCAGCCACCACCACUACUGAAGAACCAGAUACCACCACUACCGAACAACCGGAAACUACUUCUACUGAGGAACCAGGAACCACUACUACUGAGGAACCAGAAACCAUUACUACUAAAGAACCAGAAACCAUUACUACUGAAGGACAAAAUGCCAUCACUACUGAGGAACAGGAAACUACUACUACUGAAGAACCAGAAACCACCACUACUGAAAGACCAGAUACCACCACUACUAAAAGACCAGAUACCACCACUACUGAAGAACCAGACACCACCACUACUGAGGAACCAGAAACUACCACUGAACCAGAAACCACUACUACUGAGGAACCAGAAACCACUACUACUAAAGAACCAGAAACCAUUACUACUGAAGGACCAAAUGCCACCACUACGGAGGAACCGGAAACUACCUCUACUGAGGAACCAGGAACCACUACUACUAAAGAACCAGAAACCAUUACUACUGAAGAACCAAAUGCCACCACUACGGAGGAACCGGAAACUACCACUACUGAAGAACCAGAAACCACCACUACUGAAGGACCAGAUACCACUACUACUGAAGAGCCAAAAAACACCCCCACUGAGGAACCAGAAACCACUACUACUGAGGAACCAGAAACCAUUACUACUAAAGAACCAGAAACCAUUACUACUGAAGGACCAAAUGCCACCACUACGGAGGAACCGAAAACGACCACUACUGAAGAACCAGAAACCACUACUACUGAGGAACCAGAAACCACUACUACUAAAGAACCAGAAACCAUUACUACUGAAGGACCAAAUGCCACCACUACGGAGGAACCGGAAACUACCACUACUGAAGAACCAGAAACCACCACUACUGAAAGACCAGAUACCACCACUACUGAAGAGCCAAAAAACACCCCCACUGAGGGACCAGAAACCACUACUACUGAGGAACCGGAAACCACCCCUACUGAAAGACCAGAUACCACUACUACUGAAGAACCAGACACCACCACUACUGAGGAACCGGAAACCACUACUACUAAAGAACCAGAAACCAUUACUACUGAAGUACCAAAUGCCACCACUACGGAGGAACCGGAAACUACCACUACUGAGGAACCAGAAAGGACCACUACUGAAAGACCGGAUACCACUACUACUGAAGAACCUAAAACCACCACUACUGAGGAACCAGAAAGCACUACUACUGAAGAACCAGACACCAUCACUACUGAGGAACCAGAAACCACUACUACUGAGGAACCAGACAUCACCACCGCUAAAGGACCAGGUACAACCACUACGACUACACCGGAACCUAAUACUACGAAAACUAAAAAUCCAACCAUCAAUCCUAAAACCAUAGUCAAACCAGAUCCAACUGUGUCUGAAAGCAUAAAAACCACCACAUCUACCACUAACAAUGAUCAAUGCUGGCAUUGUCCAUUACAUUGUGGCAUAAAUUGUUCAGCAUCAUGCCGAAAGUGCUGCUGUAUAUACAAACCACACAAGAGGAACAAACCGCAGAACAAAGCUUAA